UAUAUAUACGUUACAGAGGAGAACACAGUGAGGAAAGCACUGGAAAGACAGGAUGAGUGAGAAUGAGAGUAAGAAAAAACACUUUGUCCUGGUGCAUGGUCUUGGCCAUGGUGCUUGGUGCUGGUACAAGCUGAAGCCACUUUUGGCAUCAGCUGGCCAUAAAGUCACAGUCCUUGACCUUGCAGCUUCAGGCAUAGACACACAAAAAAUACAAGACAUCCCCACUUUUUAUCACUAUUCCAAACCUUUGUUGGAUCUUUUGGCGUCUCUUCCUCCUACAGAAACAGUUGUCCUUGUCGGACAUAGCUUUGGAGGGAUGAACAUAGCCCUUGCAAUGGAAAAUUUUCCAGAAAAAGUAUCUCUCGGAGUUUUUCUAUCAGCUUUUGCUCCUGAUCUCCACCACAAACCCUCCCAUGUAUUACAAGAGUUGACUAAGAAAGAACCACUUAAUGGAUGGAUGGACUGCGAGAUAUCGAAGACUGGAAACAAAACCACGCUUCUUUUCGGUCCUGAGUUUUUGUCCACUUCUGUGUACCAACUCUGCUCCACCGAGGAUCUGGAAUUGGCCAAGACUCUCGUAAGGAAAGGCUCACUCUUUCCUGAAGAACUUUCAGAGGCAAAAAAUUUCUCCCGAGAGGGUUAUGCGUCUGUCUCACGUGCCUAUAUUAUCCUCAGUGAGGACUUGAUAAUUCCAAAAGAGUAUCAACAAUGGAUGAUCCAAAAUGCUGGAAUUCAUACUGUGAGGGAGAUCAAUGGAGCAGAUCACAUGGCUAUGCUUGGUAAAACCAAGGAUCUCUGUUCAAUUCUUCUCGAGAUUGCUGAUAAAUAUUUACGAUAUUACAUAGCAUGCAACAAUUACAUGAACAAAGUAUGUUUUUGUGCAGUAGAGGGUCAUGCUCCGUCUCUGCUCCAAAAAUGCACCAGCGUCACUUCAAUACGAGAGGCGCGUCAACUCCACGCCCUAAUAUUAACUACUACCACUGUCUUCAACUCCCAAUCUCCGUUUGUGUACAACAACAUCCUCUCCAUGUACGCUCGGUGUGGUUCACUCACAGACUCUCACCUUGUGUUCGACAAAAUGCCUCGCAGAACUGUUGUUUCCUACAACGCACUUUUUGCAGCCUAUUCUCGAGCUUCAUCAAACCAUGCCAUUUCGGCUCUUGAACUGUAUAUCCAGAUGGAAACUAAGGGUCUAAGACCCUCCAGCAUGACUUUUACUAGCUUGCUGCAAGCAUCUUCCUUGCUUCAACAUUGGUGGUUUGGAUCAUCGCUUCAUGCCAAGGCCUUCAAGUUGGGUUUGAAUGAUAUUUGUUUCCAAACUUCUUUGCUUAAUAUGUACUCAACCUGCGGGGAUUUGAGUUCAGCUGAAUUGGUUUUUGGGGAUAUGAUUGAUAGAGAUGAUGUUGCUUGGAAUUCUCUCAUUGUGGGAUAUCUGAAGAAUAAUAAGAUCAAGGAGGGUUUUCGGCUGUUUAUUACAAUGAUGAGGGUUGGUUUUGUCCCAACCCAGUUCACCUAUUGUAUGGUUUUGAAUGCCUGUAGUCAUCUGAAGGAUUAUCGCUCUGGUAGAUUGAUUCAUGCCCAUGUGAUUGUUAGGAAUGUGCCGGUGGAUUUACAUCUACAAAAUGCUCUUUUAGACAUGUACUGCAACAUUGGCAAUACGCGAACAGCUUAUGAGAUUUUUAGUAGAAUGGAAUGCCCGGAUUUAGUUUCUUGGAACUCAAUGAUUGCUGGGUAUUCUGAGAAUGAGGAUGGAAAGAAUGCCAUGAAUUUAUUUGUUCAGUUGCGAGAAAUGUGUUUUCCUGAACCGGAUGACUACACCUAUGCUAGCAUUAUAUCAGCAACUGGCGCAUUCCCAUCUUCCAGUUAUGGAAAAUCUCUUCAUGCUGAAGUUAUUAAAAUGGGAUUUGAGAGAAGCAUGUUUGUAGGAAGCACUCUAGUGUCUAUGUAUUUCAAAAAUCAUGAAAGUGAAGCUGCUCGGCGAGUAUUUUAUUCAAUAUCAGUGAAGGAUGUUAUUCUCUGGACGGAAAUGAUCACUGGUUAUUCUAAAACUACUGAUGGAAUUAGGGCAAUUAGAUGCUUUUUCGAAAUGGUUCAUGAAGCCCAUGAGGUUGAUGACUAUGUUCUCAGUGGAGUUUUUAGUGCCUGUGCUGACCUUGCACUUUUAAGACAAGGCGAAAUAAUUCAUUGCUAUGCUGUUAAAUUGGGUUAUGAUGUUGAAAUGUCUGUUUCUGGGAGUCUAAUUGAUAUGUAUGCAAAAAAUGGUAGCCUUGAAGCUGCAUAUUUGGUAUUUUCCCAAGUUUCAGACCCAGAUUUGAAGUGUUGGAACUCAAUGCUUGGUGGAUAUAGUCACCAUGGAAUGGUCGAGGAGGCAUUGAAACUUUUUGAGGAGAUUCUCAAACAAGGUCUGAUUCCCGAUCAAGUGACAUUCUUGUCUUUAUUGUCUGGUUGCAGCCACCGUAGGUGGGUUGAGCAAGGAAAUUUUCUCUGGAAUUAUAUGAACCGCAUUGGCUUGAUUCCAGGGCCUAAGCACUACUCUUGCAUGGUAAAUUUGUUCAGUCGAGCAGCAUUACUGGAAGAGGCGGAAGAAAUUAUCAAUAAGUCACCUUAUACUGAAGAUAAUCUAGAACUAUGGAGAACUUUGUUAAGUGCUUGUGUUAUAAAUAAAAAUUUUAAAGUGGGAAUUCAUGCAGCAGAGGAAGUUUUGAGAUUGAAAGCAGAAGAUGGUCCGACGCUUGUUUUGCUUUCUAAUCUUUAUUCCGCUGCAAGGAGAUGGGAUAAAGUUGCAGAAAUAAGAAGAAAUAUGAGGGGAUCGAUCUUAGAGAAAGAUCCAGGGUUGAGUUGGAUUGAGGCCAAAAAUGGCAUUCAUGUGUUCUCUUCCGGAGAUCAUUCACAUCCCAAGGCUGAUGAAGUGCAGGCUGAGUUGCACAGGCUAAAAAGAAAUAUGAUUAGAACAGGAAAUGAUGACAGAGGAAGGCCUAAGCACUACUCUUGCAUGGUAAAUUUGUUCAGUCGAGCAGCAUUACUGGAAGAGGCGGAAGAAAUUAUCAAUAAGUCACCUUAUACUGAAGAUAAUCUAGAACUAUGGAGAACUUUGUUAAGUGCUUGUGUUAUAAAUAAAAAUUUUAAAGUGGGAAUUCAUGCAGCAGAGGAAGUUUUGAGAUUGAAAGCAGAAGAUGGUCCGACGCUUGUUUUGCUUUCUAAUCUUUAUUCCGCUGCAAGGAGAUGGGAUAAAGUUGCAGAAAUAAGAAGAAAUAUGAGGGGAUCGAUCUUAGAGAAAGAUCCAGGGUUGAGUUGGAUUGAGGCCAAAAAUGGCAUUCAUGUGUUCUCUUCCGGAGAUCAUUCACAUCCCAAGGCUGAUGAAGUGCAGGCUGAGUUGCACAGGCUAAAAAGAAAUAUGAUUAGAACAGGAAAUGAUGACAGAGGAAGUAGAUUAUGA